GUGGGUGAGGCUUCUUUGUAAGGCAGCUCCUCCCCAUUGGGAUCGGAGAACAGCAUUACAGUGGGGAGGUCUCUCCGAAUAGCCCUGGAUGCGUUGUUAAUUGGAAAGCCUGUGCUGUACCUGGAUGUUUCCUAUCUCUGGACGCCCUUUUCUUUUUCACCUUCCCCCUCUUUCUGGAUUUCACUGGCAGGAUCUGAUUUCUCUCUUUGCAGAUGAUGGCCCUGCUUCUUCUCCAGCUGUCUCUUUCCUGGAUUUGACCUCCUUUUCCCCGCUUACCCUUUUAAUCUGGAUAUCUAGCCUUUAGAUGGACCAAUGUCCCUAAUUUGACAGCCAUAGAUCAACAAUUUCCUUGGCUAUUUCCAGAUGUGCUUCUGUCUCUGGCUUUAUCUUUAUAUACUAUUCCCAGUCUGUCCCUAGACCUUAUGGUUCCCUGGAUAUUAGAUUUGCUUGUCUCAUUCUCUCUGUGUCUCAUUUGCUGUUAGUGGAUAUAGCUUUGUCUCUUGGCUGUCUCGCUGGAUGAGACAUUGUUAAUACUUGCUCUGGAUGUGACGGUCCCCUUGCCUUUGGAUGCACCUUAUCUGAAAUCUCAGCCCACAACAUCCCCCACAGUUUCAGCCUCCUGUCACAAGGGGCGUGACAUAUACCAUCACACAGAAACAUGUCAUCAUCAGAUGAAGAGACCCUCAGUGAAAGGUCAUACCGCAGUGAAAGAUCAUGUCGCAGUGAGAGGUCUGGGAGUUUGUCCCCUUGCCCACCAGGGGACACUCUCCCUUGGAAUUUACCACGCCACGAGCAAAAGAAGAGGAAGUGCAAGGACUCUGUGCUGGAUCCUGCAGAAAGAGCAGUGGUCAGAGUUGCUGAUGAACGUGAUAGGGUCCAGAAGAAAACAUUUACCAAAUGGAUUAACAAACAUCUCAUCAAGGUUCGGAAACAUAUCAAUGAUUUGUAUGAGGAUCUCCGGGAUGGACAUAAUCUCAUCUCCCUCCUGGAGGUGUUGUCUGGGAUCAAACUGAACAAGGACCCAGAGGCUCCUCGGAGCCUGCGACUUUCUCGCCUGCCAUCUCGCCGUCUGCUGUUGAUGGGGGAGGAUAUGGAGGAAGACCCUGAUGAUGCUCCUAGAGAGAAAGGCAGGAUGCGUUUCCAUCGGCUACAGAAUGUUCAGAUUGCCCUGGAUUUUCUUAAGCAACGACAGGUAAAGCUAGUGAAUAUUAGAAAUGAUGACAUCACUGAUGGAAAUCCAAAAUUGACACUGGGCUUGAUAUGGACCAUAAUCCUUCACUUCCAGAUUUCUGAUAUUUAUGUGAGUGGUGAAUCAGGGGAUAUGUCAGCCAAAGAAAAACUGCUCCUAUGGACGCAAAAGGUGACAGCUGGAUAUGCUGGCAUAAAAUGCACUAAUUUCUCCUCUUGCUGGAGUGAUGGCAAGAUGUUCAAUGCAAUAAUCCACCGGUACAGACCGGAUUUGGUGGACAUGCAAAGAGUUGAAUUGCAGGGUAACCGGGAAAACCUUGAGCAGGCAUUUGAGAUUGCAGAGAGUCUGGGGGUAACAAGGUUAUUGGAUGCUGAAGAUGUAGAUGUAAAUUCUCCUGAUGAAAAGUCUGUGAUCACAUAUGUGUCUUCUAUAUAUGAUGCCUUCCCUAAAGUCCCAGAGGGAGCAGAGGGGAUUAGCGCUACAGAGGUGGAUUCACGCUGGCUGGAGUACCAAGAGAGGGUAGUCUGUCUUACACAGUGGAUCCGACAAAAUGUGUUACUGAUGUCUAACAAAUCCUUCCCACAGAAUCCUGUCGAAUUAAAAGCACUUUAUAAUCAGUAUGUACAUGUGAAGGAAACUGAAAUUCCAGCAAAGGAACAAGAAAAGGAACAAAUCCAAAAGUUAUAUCAGAUGUUACAGAACUGGAUAGAAUUUGGCCGUGUCAAACUUCUUCCAUCAUUGCACCCAAAUGAUGUUGAGGAGCAGUGGGGCAAACUGAUUCUCUUUAUGUUGGAAAGAGAGAAAAUCCUACGACCAGCUGUAGAACGACUUGAAUUGCUACUACAGAUUGCAAACCGGAUUCAGAAUGGCUGUCUGAGUUGUGAGGAGAAACUGACAUUAGCCAGGAAUACACUACAGUCUGAUGCAGCUAAUAUUGAGUGUGGACAGACUUUUCAACAGGAGAGCGAAGUUGUGCAGUUUCUGCAAGAAAGUGAAGGCCUUCUUCGUCAGCUUCAGUCAGAUGUGCAAAUUCUGCGUGAUGAAAAGUACUUCCAGGUUGAGGAACUGGCAUUCAGAGUUCUACGCAUUCAGGAUGAGCUUCUUAAUCUUAAAAUGGAAUGUUCAAAUCUGUAUAGGAGGGGCAACCUUAUCACCUCAGACCUACAGCCCACUGUGUCACUAAGCAACACUCACCAGCAUAGCCUUCAUACCUCUCCCUCUUCCUCUUCAUGGCGGAAGCCAAUGAGUCGGUCUGAACUAGUUUUAUUAUCAUCAUCUGAAGAUGAAGGCAGUCUGAGAUUUGUGUAUGAACUACUUGCCUGGGUUGAGGAAAUUCAGAUGAAGUUGGAGCUAUCCGAAUGGGGCAGUGAUCUACCCAGUGUGGAGGCUCAGCUAGAAAGUCAGCGUAUUGUGCACACUAGUGUAGAGGAGCUGGUAUCAAGCCUGAGAGAAGCCAGGAGCUAUGAGGUAAAAAUGUCUCCUAAUUUUCGAAGCAGCUAUGGUGAAACUCUGAGCAAGCUUGAAACGCAGUAUUGCAAAUUAAGGGAAACAUCCAGUUCCCGGCUUCGCAAUUUGCAGAGCCUGCAUGACUUUGUUUCUCAAACAACAGCACAAAUUAUUUGGUUGAAUCAGAAGGAGGAGGAAGAGUUAGCUUAUGACUGGAGUGAUGGAAAUCUCAAUAUUGCAGCCAAGAAGGAUUACUUUACAGAACUGAUGCAGGAGUUAGAAGAGAAACAGGAUGUGAUUCAGUCCCUGCAGGAAACAGCUGAGCUAUUGUCACUUGAAAAUCAUCCCGCAAAACAAACAGUAGAGGCAUAUAGUGCUGCAGUUAUCUCCCAGUGGCAGUGGGUUAAGCAACUCUGUCUUUGCGUCGAGCAACAUUUAAAGGAAAACUCUGCAUAUUUACAGUUUUUCAAUGAUGUGCGAGAGUCAGAAGUUUAUUUAAGCAACCUGCAGGAUUCGAUCAAGAGGAAAUAUUCCUGUGACCGUAGCACCAGCAUCAGUCGAUUAGAGGACAUAUUGCAAGACUCCAUGGAUGAGAAGGAACAGCUUAUCCAGUCUAGGAGUUCAGUUGCCAGCCUUGUGGGCAGAUCAAAGAACAUUGUCCAGCUGAAGCCCAGAAACCCAGAGCACUGUCUAACCAGUACACUUCCCAUUAGAGCUAUUUGUGACUACCGCCAGAUAGAGAUUACAAUUAGUAGAAACGAAGAAUGUGUGUUGGAAGAUAACACCCAAAGGACAAAGUGGAAGGUGAUAAGCACUACUGGCAAUGAGGCCAUGGUCCCGUCUGUGUGUUUCCUUAUUCCUCCACCUAAUCAGGAAGCAAUGGAAAUGGCCAGCAGGGUUGAACAGCUUUAUCAGAAGGUUAUGUCCUUGUGGCAUGAGUUACAUGUAAACACUAAGAGUGUGAUUUCUUGGAAUUACCUUCGUAAGGAUGUGGAAGUGGUCCAAAGUUGGAAUUCUGAAAAGCUUAGAGCCCUACCUCUGGCAGAGUGCCUGGAGACUCUUUCAAACUUAAGUGCCAGCUUAAAGUGCCAUUUAGAUGAAUUUCUGGAAGACAGCAAAGACUCCCAGAUCUUCUUAAUGGCAGAUAGGCUAAAUAUGGAGCAGGAGGUGGAUUCUUGCAGAGACCAGUGCAGAAAGCUGGUGGACCUAAUAGUGACUGAAGACAAAGAGGAGUCUGAAGCAAGGACUUACUUAUCAGAGCUAUAUAAUAUAGAAUUACAAGUGGGGCAAUGUGAGCAGCGGCUUGUGAAGAGAAUCCAGAGUCCUGCUGGCACUGAUGCUGAUGCUGUACAUGAGAUCACUAUUCAUAUAUCAGAGCAAGAGAGGAUGCAGGAGGAGCUGAAGUGUUUAAAAUCUGAGUUAUAUGUGGUUUCUGAACGCUGUGAUGACUUCUUGCACAAAUCUUGUUCUGGCUCUAGCACUCCUAAUCUCCGCUCGCAACUUGAUCUGUUGGUUAAAAGGAUGGACCAAGUAUAUGGACUAUCAUCAGUCUUCUUGGAAAAGCUGAAGACAGUAGAUGUGGUUAUCCGGAGUCUGCAGGAGGCAGAAGGAAUGGUGAAAGGGUUUGAAAUUAAGCUGAGCCAGGAGGCCUCUUUGUCUGCAGAUACUGCUUUUAUUCAUUCUCAACAAAACUUGCUGCAGCAAUGGCUCGCAGAGGCUGCAGAUAAAGACUGCAUAAUCUCUGCUCUGGAAAAUGAUAUUGCAAAGUCAAAGGAUGUUAGGGAGCGUCUCCAUGAGAAGACCCAAGAACGGAGCAUGGAUGUAGAGCACUACCAGGAAAGGGCAGGCAAACUGCGGGAGCGAUGGAAUGCAGUUCAUUCUCAGCUUGAGACACGUCAAUCUGAACUACUUGGGAUUCAGGAGGCUCUAAGGAACUAUAGAGGGCUUCAUGAUAACCUGAUCCAGUGGAUAGAGGAAACCAAAUCACAGCAAGAGAAGAUGAAGCCUGGACAGUCUGAAGAUAGGAGAGUCCUGUCAGAACAGCUCAGCCAGCAGACGGCACUGGUUGCUGAAAUUGAAAAGAAUCAGACUUGUCUGGACGAGUGUCAGACCAUCUCCCAACAGUAUUCGAACCUUGUAAAAGAAUAUGAGCUGCAGUUGAUGACAUACAGGGCAUGUGUAGAGUCCCAGCAAAAGUCUCCAAUGAAGCGAAGACGACUGUUCUCCUCUUCUGAUAUUAUCACUCAAGAGUUUAUGGACCUUCGCACAAGAUAUACAGCUCUAGUGACAUUAACUACACAACAUGUGAAGUAUAUCAGCGAUGCACUGAGGAGGCUUGAAGAGGAAGAGAAAGUUCUUGAAGAGGAGAAGGAAAAACAUGUUGAGGAGUUAAAGCGCCUCACUGGAUGGGUGUCUGGCCUGUCGCAGGAAACGUCCCUUCAAGGUGCCGACCACACUGAUCUGAAUAGAUCUAUAUCGGAGCAAAAGGCUUUAAGUGAAGAACUCUUGUCACAAAAAGAACGAAUUUCAGAAGCUGUGAAAUCCAUGCAGAUCUUCCUGGCUAAAAACAGUGACAGGUUGUCAACUCAGGAAAAAGAGGAACUCUUAUCACAGAUUCAGGAGCUUAAUGGGAAAUACAAUCACCUUUCUGAGAAAUGUGAUAGCCAAGUACAGCAGCUUCACACUAAGCUUGCACGGGAGGCAGAGCAAAAGAUGAAUCAUGCAGUAGGUGGAGUCAUAGAUCUAGGCUCAAUGGAAAUCUUUCCCAUCUUCUGGUCAAUGCAAAGAGGGCUUAUUGACCAAGAUACUGGCCUUUUUCUUCUGGAAGCCCAGAUUGUUUUAUCUGGUUUGAUUGUUCCUGCGACUAAUGAGAGACUCAAUUUAGAGGAAGCAUUAAAUCGUAAUUUAGUCGAUCGGAGAUUGUUCGAAUGUCUUCAGGUUUUAAGGGAUGCUAAUAAAUUGGUGGCUGGUGGUAAAUCUGGAAAGCAGAAACUUUUAUCUGUUAUUGCAGCAAUGGAAGACAAGAUCAUCAGUGAGUUUGAUGGGCUGAAAAUAUUAAGCAUCCAUUUUGCUAUGGAAGGCUUCCAGCUAACAUCUGAUGUGACAGAUCUUGAGCAAGCUUCACAGGCAGGGCUUAUCAGUAGGCUCCUGUGCCAAAAACUGAAGGCAUCUUCUAAAAAUCUUGUUGACCCAAAUACAGCCAAAAGAAUGAGCCUUGCAGAGAUUAUGCAAACAUGCAUUAUUCAUGAAUCUACAGGGUUAAGACUUCUUCCUGUAAAACAACCAGCUGGUGGUAUGGUAUGUCUCAAAUCAGGAAAGAAGGUCAGCAUAUUCAGGGCAGUUCAGGAGGGACUAAUUGACAGACAAGUAGCUGUUAGGCUGCUUGAGGCUCAGUUAUGCGCUGGAGGGAUCAAGGAUACCAAAACUGGACACCAACUGACUGUUGAUGAAGCCGUGAGACAUAAUUUGAUUGAUCAGGAUGUGGCACGUGCACUUCUCACGAGGCAACUGGAGAAUGGGGGAAUAAUAGCCUCAGUAACGGGGCAAAAAAUUACUUUGGAUGAAGCAGUUAAAGAAAAUCUUGUUGCCCCCAAACUAGCUCUGCUUGUCCUUGAAUCUUUGGGUUCAUUCAAAGGUGUUCUGUGGCCUGAAUCUGGUGAAAUUCUGAAUGUUGCAGAUGCCCUUCAGUUGGGUAUGAUUUCUACUGAAACUGCUCUUAAUAUUCUUGAAAGCAGGCAAAGAAUCCAAGGCCUGUACAUGUCGGAAGGCAAAAGAGUCCUGUCUUGGGACGAUGCAGUGAUGUCUGUUACUGUGAAUGAAAAUAUUGCCAAAAUGUUGCAGUCAGCAAUAAUUCCUGAUACAAUAAGCAAUUUGUCAGUAGGAUACGAGUGUAUGCCAGAACUUGGACUUUAUCCAGGAUCUCUAUCUGGAAAUAGCAGCCCACAUUCUGUUGAGAGCAGUGAAUUGAAGAGGGGAGCUCGGCCAGAGGACAACAAAGAGCUAAUAUCACAUUUAAUUAAUGUCAGCUACAUAAAUGUUCACAGUGGACAGAGGUUGCUGCUUACUAACAAUAAAGAAAACAUUGUAGCCAAACUAUUUCCUAGUGCAUCUUUAGAUAAUUCUGUUGGUAUCAGUCAGGACAAUGAAAAAGGCAUUAAUCAAUAUAAUGUUGAGAAGAAAUUGGAAAAACCAGAACAUCUGAAAGCUUUCACAUCUGAAAACACAGAAGCUGUUACUAAACUAGAAACAAAUCUGUGUUUGCUACCAGAAGAGGGCAAAUUGCCCUUGGGAACUCAUCAUGCAAAACCAGAUGAGACAAUACCAUCACUACAAAAUAACCACGCAAGCCAACUUAAACUGGCAACUGAUCAUGGUGGUGCUAAGUACAUUUUUAAAAAUCCAGAAAUAGCAGCUUUCAGUAUCAAGCAACUGACCAUUGAUCAUGAUGAUGCUGAGGAGAACAUUUUUAAAAAUCCAGAAAUAGCAGCUUUCAGUACUGAGCAAUUACUGUUACCUGAUAUUACUGAAAAUUCAUUAAGUGAAAUGAAAGAUGGUAAAAUUGAGAGUUCCCCUAAAAACAAAGGUUUGGUUGAUACCCAAGUGCAGACUUUAGCAAUUAAUGGAAAAAUACCAGAAACCCAAGAACAAGCAAAAACAAUGAAGUCUUGUGAAAUGUCAUUUGAUCCUGAAAAACAACUUAGAAGUACAUUAGAUUUAGAAACAGAAAAUAUGGAUGUUUUAAAGGAUAUCCCUAAACAGCAGGUAGCUUCAGAGACAUGUUUGACUGUUAACUCUGCAUAUCCUGAAAAUAUAUACUCUGAAGGAAAGGUGGAAGGGGCAGGUUUGUUGCUGGAUAAUAUGAAUGUUCCUUGUGGGAUUUCUUCAUCAGUACAUCUUAAUGAUGCAUAUGUCAUUGAAGAAGAGGAUGCUUUAAAUAUGUUAUCUGAGCAGUUAAUGAAUGGGGGAAUAAUAGUUCCAAACUCCAGUGAAAAGCUGCUUCUAAAUGAAGCUGCAUCUCAGGGUAUUAUCUCAAGCCACACAGCCUUAAAACUAAUGGAAAAAGUUGGCUUAUUUGCUGGUUUCUUUGAUUCCAAAACAUGUGACAAACUAACCAUUCAUGAUGUGAUAGAUGAAGGUCUGAUGGAUGAAACUCUUCUGCAGCAGGUCCUCAGUUCUGACAAAACAAUUAGUGGUAUUGUUGACACACAAAAUAAAAUCCUGUAUUCUUUACAGGAUGCAUUGAAUGUUGGACUUGUGAAUGAGGAAAUGGCUAAACAAAUUUUAGAAGUCCAAGUUAUUACAGGAGGCAUAUAUGAUAUGAAAAGAGGUAAAAGGAUAUCUGUUACACUGGCUUCUAGUCUAAAUUUGAUGCAACCUUCCAGCAAAGAUGACCUUAUCAAGCUGGAAAAGGCUUCUAAAGGGAAAAAAACUGACCAAGCUUCUAUGAAAAAAUUGACUAGCCUGCAGAUUGAAACAAGUGGCAUUACAGAUCCAUUGUCUAAGAAAGUAUUGCCUGUUACACAGGCUGUCGAGCAAGGCUUCAUUAACAGACAAGAAGCAAUUAAACUCUUGACCAAACAAAUAGCAGAUGGAGGAAUUAUCCACCACUUAUCAGGCAUGAGAUUAUCGGUUUUAGAUGCUUUAAAACACCGACUUAUUGAUCAUACUUUGUUUGAUGAUCUAAAAGAGUUUGAGUAUCUACAUCAGUCUGGGCCACACAAAUCUUGUGAAGUUGACUGCAAUGUGUCUGUACAGUGUGAAUGUUCAACUACUCAUGAUACAAAUUCUAUAUCUCAAGCAUCUACAAAGCAAGAUAACAAAAUACCAUAUACAGAUGUGUUAAAGAAUUGUGCAUUUGAUGUUCUUACUGGGCAAAGAUAUCUUGACCUUAACAAGCAUAAGUGUAAAAUCUCACCUGACACACACAAAAACAAAAUCGAAAGUUUGGAUAUCUUACAGUCAGAAACUCAGAAUACACAAGAUAAUAUUUAUGAUUUAGAACAUGCUAGGAGUAAAACAUGUUCACCUGCAGGGCUGUGUGAUAAGGGAGCUGCUGUCAUUGAAAAACUUCUGGAUGGUACAGAAGUCGGGAUGAAUCAGAUGUCCUUAUUUAGUAGUAUGAGGGAUAUAGGUUAUUCAUUGGAAGUUGAAUCUGAAGGCACUCAACCACAAGAUCAACCACAAAACUCAAUCGAUGAUAGUGAUUCUACUUUGUUUUGUAGGCACGUUAAUACAGACAUUUUUCUAGUUGACAAAGUAAAAUUGGGCAAGAAUGGUGCUCCUGGUGUUUGUCUUGAAUAUGAAACAAGACCUAUCAUUCAAGUGGAAAAAAAUGUAUGUUUUGAAAUGGAACACAACACUGAAUCAUUUACAGGAGUCCAAAUUACUCAGGCUACAGAGCGUGACAUCAGAUUUAAAGAUGGGGACUUAAUGGAGCAGACACAGAAAGAUAUAACUUUCAUUGAUGAUUCUAGGGUUCAGUGUAAACCAUCUGCAACAGAAGGAGAAGACCUUUUUGAAUUGAAGCACUGUGAUACUAAUAUUUAUGGGGAGGAGUCCAGUUUACAUGGAACAUCUGGCAAAGUUAAUUUAGAAUUGCAGUCUAGUGAAUCUAAAAGCACAGAUGGUUCUGUACCAUGCAUUGAUCAGAAUUUUGACAAACAAGAGAUAGAUCCUGAGGUAAACUGUGGAUCUAUAUUUAAAAAUCAAAAAGUUAAAAAUGUGCUACCCGACACUGCAUUGUUUUUGCAAGUUCCAGAAAAUGAACAUUUCACUGACAGUCUGGGAAAUAAUCAUUCUGAGAAAAUCACAAUGAGUGAAAAUUUUUCAAAAUACUUGCAAAAAUUGCAGAAACCCUUAAGUCAAUGUGGUUUCAACAUGGUGUCAGUUCAAAAGCCUUUUACUGCAAGUAACUAUGUACUGUCAGAGAAUUUGUCGUUUAGUCAUGAUCUAAGCCAGUCUGACAUGUCAAGUGUAAGCAGGAUUUUGCAAAAAUCAGGCAAUGCAGAAUUUCACAGAGAGGAAGGUACAAUGUCCUUUUCUAGUCCGCAAUAUAUGAAAGAAUGUGAUGACAACAUCCAGCAAAAAUGCAGGGAUACAGACUCAAUCACAGGGCAUGAACAGCACAUAGAGGGUUCUUGCCUAACCAAAGAUCUAUAUUUAUUGCCCUUAACCAAAAGUUCUAUUCAUUCAGGUAUCAAAAGUCAACAGGAGUGUGACAUAAUUAAGUCUUCUGAAGAUGUUACAGUGGGAAAACCAGUCAAUGAUGUAACAGAUGGAAUACCUCAAGUAGACACAGUUAAGUCAGCCAAAGAAGGAAAUUCUAAAAAAGUUAAAGUUAAGCCUGAAAGAGAUCUUAUUGCAAGAACACUCGAGGAAGGCAGAAUUAAGACAAAUAUGGAUCUUAAAUCAGGACAAAUUACAGUGGGAAAACCAGUCAAUGAUGUAACAGAUGGAAUACCUCAAGUAGACACAGUUACGUCAGCCAAAGAAGGAAAUUCUAAAAAAGUUAAAGUUAAGCCUGAAAGAGAUCUUAUUGCAAGAACACUCAAGGAAGGCAGAAUUAAGACAAAUAUGGAUCUUAAAUCAGGACAAAUUACAGUGGGAAAACCAGUCAAUGAUGUAACAGAUGGAAUACCUCAAGUAGACACAGUUAAGUCAGCCAAAGAAGGAAAUUCUAAAAAAGUUAAAGUUAAGCCUGAAAGAGAUCUUAUUGCAAGAACACUCGAGGAAGGCAGAAUUAAGACAAAUAUGGAUCUUAAAUCAGGACAAAGUAAGGAAGAUGUAGUUAAUCCAGCAGAUUUUAAAACAGAAAGACCAACAAAAGGCACAGCCAAGCCACAAGUUAUUAAAGACAUUAGUCCUACAGGAGACACUGUUAAGCCAGUCAAAACUCUUACAGAUGAAAGAUUUAAGGAAGACGUGAUUAAGCCAACCGGACAACUUGCACUGGUUAAAGCUAAGGAAGACAUAUUUAAACCAGUAAGAAGGCCCAAGGAAGAUCCAGUUAAAGCAGACCAGUCUCUUCUAGAAGCAAAGUCUAAAUAUGACACUGUAAAUAAAAACAAUGAUCCUAAUGAGGGUCCCUCUAAAGAAAAAGAGACCCAACUUGACAGAAAUCUUACAGAUGCAAGACCCUUUGAGCCAGACAAAGACAUUACACAAGCAAAACCUAAGGAUUCUUAUACAAUAAGUAUGAAGCAGGCUUGUUUGGAGCACGAGGAAAACCUUGUAUCAUACCUGUCAAUGCUUCGAGACAUAGAAGUGAGGCUGGGACCUGCCCAGCCUGUACCACCAUGUAUAAAAGAGGUACAAGAGCAGCUGAAACAAGCAGAGGUGCUGGAUCUGGAAUUAAGACAACUUAUGUCUCCUGUGAGUCAGGAAUUGGAUUUUGUAAAGCAGAUUAUUUCAAAACGGCCCCUAGAGGUCCCAGUGCAGCUACUCAGAGUAUUAGAAAAAGAUGCGAAAAACUUGGAGAAGUCUCUUACAUCUAUCAAAGGCAAUUCUGAAUUGCGGGUUAAGCAGCUUCAGGAUGCUCUGGAGACUGUAAAGGGUGAAAUCCUGGUGGAGCAUAAAGAGCUGGAAAGCAAACUUCAUUCUCUUCUACAGUGGGUGAAACAAACCACAGACUCACUGGAUAGUGCAAAAACAAAUGAUGAUCUGAGACUGGAUGCUGAAAAGCUGCAACAAGAGCUAAACCAUGCAGAGUCCUUGAGGCAACCGCUAACAGACACCAGACAGAAGCUAGACAGUAUUGCCUUUGAUAUACAGUUCUUUAUUUCUGAACAAGCUCAAGACUUGACUCCCCAACAAAGCCGUACACUUCUUCGCCUCCUAAAUGAUUUACAGAGAUCCUUCCGCGAGCUGUCAGAGAGACUAGUGGCAUGGGAAGAGGUUCUGCAGUUAUGUCAGAAGCAGACAAAAUACAACACAGAACUUAAGAUAAUUCAAGAACGGCAAGCUGCCUGUAGUCAUGAAUUUGAAGAAUUGGCAUUAUGGGCUGAACUAACAGAGAAAGCUUUGCCAAGUCACCAAACCUCCCAUGACCUCUCCUCGCUUAAGGAACAGCACAAUGCUGUGCAGGCUCUUCAUAAAGAUGUACAGUCUCGAGGAAAGCAGUUUUCCAACAUUAUCAAAGCAGCAGAAGAUUUCCUGGCUGAGAACAAGACAAAAAUGAAUCCAGUAGAACUAGAAUCUUUUCAGAAAAAACUGCAGCAAGCAAAAGAGCAAUAUCAUGCUGUUCUUGAAAAAACAGCAGACACUGAGAAACAGCUAGAACGUGCUUUGAGCACAGCUGUGCUUGAAGAAACCAAGAAGUCUGAAACUGCAGAAGAAUUGAAAGUAAAUUUGGGGAAAAUCGAAUCCCUACUUAGUCAGGUACGCCCAAGUAAUGCUCUUCUGAAAACUGUACCUGAUGGAAGUAACCAGAGCAUUCAGAAUAGGUGUCUCCCUCCAGAUAAAACCGCAUCUAUGGUUAAUGACUUAUAUGAGAGGAAGAAGGCACAACACCAAGAGAUGUUGGAACAGCAGCAAAAUUUUAUAUUGACAAUACAGUCAGCUCAGGAUUUCUUAGAUAAACAUGGCAAUACAUUGUGCCCAGAAGAACGACAACAGCUACAAAAUCAACUGGCCCAGCUGAAAGAAGAAUACUCAGCUUCCAUGUCCCAGGCACAAUUACAGCUAAAGAAUGCACAGAUCCUGCGAGAUGAGAUGCAGAACUUCAUAUAUGACCAUGGAGAGUUUGAACUUUGGCUUGUCCGUAGUGAGGAGGAGUUAGACAACAUGCGCAAGGGGAAAAAAGAUUGUGAAGGUCUGAAGCAUUUGCUAAAGCAGCAAAUGGAUAUUUCUGAAGACAUCAUAUCUCACAAAGGAGACCUGCGGUAUAUAAAUUUAUCUGGCCAAAAGGCUAUUGAAGCUGAGAAAGCAACUGCUGAACAGUGCAAGGAGGAUUUUGAGAUGGUGGCAGGAACAAUGGUGAAAAGUAAACUGGAAGAGGCUUCAAAAAGAUUCAGCACUUUGCAGUCCAAGUGUUCUAAGCUGGGCUCUCACCUGAACAUUGUGCUGGAUAGAUACCAGCAGUUACAGGAAGGGUCAGACACUGCUGUAACAUGGCUGCAAGUUACAGAGUUGGAGGUGGACCACAUCCUGUCUGAGCCGGUGGCCUCUGAUCCAGAAGUAUUACAGACCCAGCUUGCAAAAGCUAAGAGCAUGCAGUCAAACCUUGUUGAACACCAAGUGCAGGUAGAAAAAGUACAUAAAGCUCUGCGGAUGCUGUUAGAAAUUCAAGAUGAACCUUCACCUGACUGCAGAAGCAUGCAAGAUAUUGCUGAAUCCAUAGAUCGUCGUUUUCAAAAUAUCUCAAAUCAAAUGUCUUUCCACUCUGAUUUACUACAAAAGACAGUUGCACAGUCCCAGAAUGUACAGGAUGCCAUAGAAAACCUUCUGCAGUGGUUGGAGGAAAUGGAAAAUACUUUGGCAGAGCAAAAACACACACGGAUGUCCUCCACGUCAGUAGAGGAAGCUCUUGCUAUGAGCAUGAAACUAAAACAGGAUAUCUCCAGCAGAAGGGGAAGUAUGGAUGCCACAGGAGAGAUGGUUGGGAAAUUCAUGGAGACAGCUGACAGUGCUGCUGCCUCUGCACUUCAGAGGAAGCUCUCUGAGGUCACUUCACGGUUUAAUGAGGUCUGCAUGCAACAGAGAUUGCAAGAGACUGCCUUGAAAGAGAUACUGCCAAAAGUGGAAAAAUAUGAGCAAUUAUCAAAUGAGCUGCAUGAUUUCACAGUAACCAGGUCUCGACUCCUGGCCUCUGGAAACCAACCAGAGAGGGAUAUCACUCAGUUUUCUGAACAAAUCAAGGAACUAAAUGCAGAGAUAAAGCAGCAAGAGGAACACCUUGUUAUGGUAGAACAGCUGGCCAGAGAACUAAGUACAAGCCCUAUCCUUACGGAUGCAUCUGGGCAUUUACAGAAGCUUGAAACUUUAAAGAAAGAUUUUACAGAGCUCCGGGAGGCAGCAUUGGAGAGGGAAAGUGAAACUUUGUCCUGUCAGGAAUCUUUAGAACAAUUCCAGAAGCUGGUUGGGGUAAUGAGGAAAUGGCUGAAGGAAAAAGAAGAUAGUGUCCCUUCAGCAGAAGACUCUCUUAAGACAUGUGAAAUGCUGUCAAGGUUACAGCAAGUUAAGGAUCACCUGAGUGACUGGGAAAUGAAAGGCCCCAAAAUGGCAGAGAUAACAAAGCAGGGCUCAGAACUUGAGUGCCGCAUAAUGGAAAUUACAGCAUCUGAGGGUCAGCGCAGAGGAGGUUCUGUGCUGAUGGCCACAGGGAGCUCUUCAGGGAAUGUUAAUGGAUACCAUACUUGCCAAGAUCUCACAGGCAUACAAUGUGACGUCUCUGAGACCAGCCAGAAAUAUGAAAAUUUGGGGCUACUUUUGAAUAAACGAGAGGAGCAGUUAUCUACAAUGUUGGAAAAUUUUGAGAAAAUCAAGCAUGAAACGAAUCAUAUGCUGACAUGGUUGGAAUCUAAAGAGAAAACAAUGGCUGCUGUAAAUGUGUCUCCAACAAAAUCUGAAGUAGUGAAAGCCCAAGCAAAACAGAACAAGGAGUUCCUUUCUGAACUUGAGCAGAGCACUGAAAAAGUAGAAAGUUUAAAGGCUACACUGAGAGAUUUGCUGGAAAAGCAUCCGAACUCUCCUGAGGCAGAGAACUGGAAGACAAUGCUGGAAAAUCUUAACCAGCAGUGGGGCAGAGUCAAUCAAGUCACAGCAGAGCGCCAACACAAACUGGAGGAGUCAGCCAACCAACUAGCAACUUUCCAAGUAGCAGGCUCCCAGCUUUGCCCAUGGCUGAAAGAGAAGGAGUUAAUGAUGAGCGUUUUGGGCCCUCUCUCUGUUGAUCCUAAUAUGUUAAAUGCUCAAAAGCAGCAAGUUCAGUUUAUGUUAAAAGAAUUUGAAGCACGGAAAGCUCAGUAUGAAGAACUGAAACUUGCAGCCUAUGGGAUCCUGACAGGUCCUGGAGAGGAGUCUCCAUCUACCUGUCAAGUAGAGGAAGAAUUCCAUAACAUAAGUGGAAAAUGGAUUGAAUUAACCAGUCGUUUGAAUUCCAGGGCUGAUCAGAUAGACCAGGCAACCAUCAAGAGUAGUCAUUAUAAAGAGGUUCUGCAAAGAUUGACAGACAAAAUAAAGCAAGUUGGCAAAAACUUGGCGUCGCAACCGGCUGUUAGCACUCAACCUGAUGCAGUAAAGCAGCAGCUGCAGGAAACUAGUGGAAUCCGUUCUGAACUAGAACAACUUGCCAAGGAAGUUACAGAUGCCCAGGAAUUGUGCAAUGAGUUAUCUGCACUUGUCAUGGAACCUUACUUCAAAGAUGAGCUUCAAAAGCGUCUUGAUACUGUUGCUCUUCCACUCAAAGGAAUGGAAGAUUUGGCAUCGGAUCGGGUGAAUCGCCUUCAGAUGGCUCUUUCUAGUUCUCAGCAGUUCCAGCAGAUGUUUGAUGAAUUAAGGAGUUGCUUGGAUGAAAAACAGAUGCAACAUGUGAAAAGCCCUCCAGUGUCUGCAAAGCUGGAAAAGUUGCAAACUCUGCUACAUGAGCAAGAGGAAUUCCAAAAGAGUCUCAACCAAUACAGUGGCUCUUAUGAAAUGAUUGUCACAGAAGGUGAGUCUCUGCUUAUGUCUGCUCAUUCUGGAGAAGAAAGGACCUCUCUCCAAAAUCACCUAAUGAAUUUAAAAAGUAAAUGGAAUGAACUAGGAAAGCAAUCAUCAGAAAGACAUGUAAAGCUAAAGGACUGUUUGCAAAAGGCUCAGAAGUAUGUUCGACAUGUGGAAGAUCUUGUGCCUUGGCUAGAAGAUUGUGAGAUACAUGUGAAAGAGAUGGAAAUGACACUUGACCCUGUACAACUUGAAGCACAGCUUCUUAGAGCAAAGGCUCUUCAGACUGAUACAGACAAAAAACGUUCUCUACUUGAAAUGAUGAAUAGUGCAGCUGACCUUUUGAUUGAGGCAGCUGAAGUAGAUGACAGAGACAUUUUGGAAGAUAGAGCCAAAAUCAACCAAAGAAUGGAUACCAUCACAGAAGAGUUACACAACAAAUCUGGGUCAUUUGAAGAAAUGUCAUUAAGACUUAAAGAACUGAAGGGCAGUUUCAGUAACAUUGAUAAGAAACUGGAAGGAGCCAGGCAUCUCCUGGAAAUCUUUACAGGUCUUGGCCCUCAAGCUUGUAGUAGUAAAAACCUUGAAAGCAUGAGAUCCCAGCAGGACAUGCUUCUUGCUUUGGAAGCCCAAAUCCUAUACCUGAGGAAUCUUAUUCAAGGACUGAUGGCAGAUGCUCCACAAGGCUCUGAUGUUUCCCAUCUUGUUUAUCAGGCACAGCAAGUCCAGCAUGAUUUUGAGAUGGUAAAAGAGGAUGUUAAUGAAUGCUGUGAGAAUAUGGAGACAAAACUGCAGGGAAUUGGCCAGUUUCACACUCAUGUUCGAGAGAUGUUUUCAGAACUAGCAGAUCUGGACGAUGAGUUAGACAAUAUGGGUCCUGUGGGACGAGACAUAGAUAGUCUUAAGUCACAGGCAGAAGUUAUCCAAACAUUUCUGGAGACACUUCAAAGCCUGAAAUCCAGUAUUGAGUCCUCAGAGAGUAAAUGUAGAGACAUGUUGGAGAAAGAAGGUGGCCCUGACCUUAUUGUACUUAUGAGAGAACUUGGAAGUUUAAACAAACAAUGUUCUAAACUGACUGAACGAGGUAAAAAUCGUCAGGGACAAUUAGUCUCAACAUUAAGCCGUGUGGAGGAAUUCACCAUGAAACUAAAGGAGCUGAACAACCAGAUUAUGACAGCGGAGGGCAGCAGUGCUCUUCAGGGUGUUGUUGGCACAGAAGUAGAUACCAUCAAGCAGCAGUUAAAUUAUUUUAAGGUGUUCCAAAAAGAACAAGUGGAUUCUCUUCAAGCAAAGUUGCACCAAGUGAAUGGAAUUGGGCAGGGUUUGAUACAAAGUGCUGAUAAAAACUGUGAUGUUCAUGGCCUGGAACACGACACUGAAGAGCUGAACAUAAAAUGGAACACCCUGAACAAGAAGGUGGCCGAGCGUGUGACACAGUUGCAGGAGGCUUUGCUGCAUUGUGGGAAAUUUCAAGAUGCUUUGGAACCUUUGCUCAGCUGGCUGACUGACACAGAGGAUUUGAUUGCCAACCAAAAGCCUCCAUCGGCAGAAUACAAAGUGGUGAAAGCUCAAAUUCAGGAACAGAAGCUUCUCCAGCGUCUCCUGGAUGAUCGCAGAACCACGGUGGAAAUGAUUCAGGCAGAAGGGAUAAGAAUUGCUGAGGGAGCAGAUCCUGCAGAUGGAGAAAAAAUAAGACACCAGUUGGAGAUUCUAGCAGAGAGGUGGUCUUUGCUUUUACAGAAGGCUCAGUUAAGGCAAAAACAGCUUGAAGACAUAUUGGUAAUUGCCAAACAAUUUCACGAGACCACUGAACCAAUAUUUGACUGGCUUUCUGCCACAGAAAAGAAGUUGGCUAAUUCUGAGCCGAUUGGCACACAGACUGGGAAGAUCCAGCAGCAGAUCCAACGUCACAAGAGCUUAGAGGGUGAUAUAACAGUCCAUGAGACUGAAGUGCAUCAGGCAAACAAGCUUGGUGGCUCCCUUGCUGCCCUCUGCUCCAAAGCUGAGCAAGAGAGACUGUCACAGAAACUAGAGUUUCUGCAGGCUCGGUACAGUGAUGUGCAGGAUCUAUGUAGCAGGAAGGGUACCCUUCUUGGGCAGGCUUUGAUCAAUGCCAGGCUGUUUGGAGAAGAUGAGGUGGAAGUUCUGAACUGGCUGGGCGAGGUAGAAGACAGACUGAAUUCAGUCUGUGUGAAGGAUUACAAGCUGGAAGUUCUGCAGAAUCAACACAAACAACAUAUGGCACUUAAUGAAGACAUUAUAAAUAGAAAGAAGAAUGUGGACCAAGCCAUCAAAAAUGGACAAGCACUGCUGAAGCAGACAACAGGGGAAGAGGUCCUCCUCAUUCAAGAGAAGUUGGACGGUAUUAAAACUCGUUACUCAGAGAUAACAUCAUCAAGUGGAAAGGCACUUAAAACAUUAGAACAAGCCUUACAGCUCGCUAGCAAGUUUCAGGCUACUCACGAUGAACUAAAUGGCUGGUUAAGACGAGUAGAGGAUGAGCUGGCUCAGAGUUGUGGACAGCCUCCCUCUGGAGACAUGAUUUCUCAAUUCCAACAGCAACAAAAGGAGUUAAAGAAGGAGGCCAUGGAAUACCGCAUUGUUCUUGAUACUAUAAAUGAAGUUGGCAGUGCCCUGUUGGAGCUGGUACCCUGGCGGGCCAGGGAAGGAUUAGAUAAACUAGUUGCAGAUGACAAUGAGCAAUACAGAUCUGUUAGUGACACUAUUGGGCAGAGAGUGGACCAAAUAGAUGCUGCAAUUCAAAGGUCACAACAGUAUGAGCAAGCUGCUGAUGCAGAGUUAGCCUGGGUGGCUGAAACCAAGAGAAAACUUCUGGCACUGGGUCCUAUCUGUCUGGAACAAGACCAGACCACAGCCCAGCUACAAGUGCAGAAGGCUUUCGCUGUAGAUAUUAUUCGCCACAAAGAUUCCAUUGAUGAACUGAUUCGCACUGAAGAAGAGAUCCUGGCAACCUGUGGAGAUGAGCAGAAAUCUCUAUUACAAGAGAAAACUAAGACUCUGGUGCAGCAGUAUGAAGAUAUAAGCCACCUACAUUCUGAGAGAUAUGCUCGGCUUGAACGAGCUCAGGUUCUUGUUGGCCAGUUCUGGGAGACCUAUGAAGAAUUAAUUCCAUGGAUUGAAGAAAUGCAGGUUCUCCUUUCCCAGCUGCCUCCUCCUGCAGUAGAUCAAGAAAUGCUAAGGCAACAGCAGGAAGAAAUGAGGCAAUUAAGGGAGUCCGUUGCUGAGCAUAAGCCUCACAUUGAUAAGCUCCUGAAAAUUGGUCCUCACCUAUCUGAACUGAACCCUGAAGAAGGCAUAACAGUUCAGGAGAAGUACCACAGUGCAGAAGAGCUCUAUGUUGGAAUAAAGGAGGAAGUGCGCAAGCGAGCCAUGGUGCUGGAUGAUGCUGUAGCACAGGCAGCACAGAUUGGAGAGUUCCAUGACAAGAUUGGUCCAAUGUUGGAAACUCUUGAAAGCAUGGCUUCUCGCCUCCGCAUUCCCCCUCUUAUUCCAGCCGAAGUGGAGAAGAUUCGGGAGUGUAUUAGUGAUAACAAGAAUGCUGUCAUGGAACUUGAAAAAUUGCAGCCUGCAUUUCUGGCUCUGAAACAUCGUGGGGAAGAACUGAUCAGUCGCUCACAGGGACCAGACAUAGACCCAGCAGUCAAAGAUAUCCAGGAUAAACUGGACCAGAUGGUGUUUUUUUGGGAGGACAUCAAAUCUCGGGCAGAUGAACGUGAAAGUAAAUUCCUUGAUGUACUUGAAUUGGCGGAAAAGUUCUGGUUGGAUAUGAGCACCCUUUUAACCACCAUUAAGGACACACACGAAAUUGUCCAUGAUCUGGAAAGUCCUGGCAUUGACCCAUCAAUGAUCAAGCAGCAAAUUGAAGCAGCAGAUAGUAUUAAAGAGGAGACAGAUGGACUUCAUGAAGAACUGGAAUUCAUUAGAAUCCUAGGAGCAGAUUUAAUAUUCGCUUGUGGCGAGACUGAGAAACCAGAAGUCAAAAAGAGUAUUGAUGAGAUGAACACUGCUUGGGAAAAUUUGAAGAGAACAUGGACAGAACGCCUUGAAAAACUCAGAGAUGCAAUGUCUAAUGCUGUGCAGUACCAGGAUACCCUGCAGGCAAUGUUUGAUUGGCUGGAUAAUGCUGUUAUUAAACUUUGUGACAUGCAUCCUGUUGGAACUGAGCUCAAUACUGUAAAAGAACAGAUUGAGGAGAUGAAGGAGUUUAAGGUGGAGGUUUACCAACAGCAGAUAGAAAUGGAGAAAUUAAACCACCAAGGAGAGUUGAUGCUCAAAAAAGCCAUCGAUGACACAGACAGAGAUAUCAUCAAAGGACCUCUAACUGAAUUGAAGCAUCUGUGGGAAAAUUUAGGAGAAAAGAUUGCACACAGACAGCAAAAACUUGAGGAUGCUUUGCUGGCUCUUGGGCAGUUCCAGCAUGCUCUGGCCGAAUUGAUGUCCUGGCUGACUCACACAAAUGAACUGCUGAAUGCCCAGAGAGCGAUCUGUGGAGACCCAAAAGUUAUCGAAGUGGAGCUUGCAAAACAUCAUGUGCUGAAGAAUGAUGUGCUCGCCCACCAAAGCACUGUACAGACUGUAAAUAAGGCUGGUAAUGAGCUACUGGAAUCCAGUGCGAGAGACGAUGCCAACAGCCUAAGAACUCGGCUUGAAACUCUGACCCAGCUAUGGGAAACUGUGCUUCAGAAAACGGAGGAGAGAGAACAGCAGCUGGAAAUGGCACUGCAGCAGGCUCAAGGUUUGUCUGGUGAAAUUGAGGAUUUCAUUCAGUGGCAGACCAAUAUAGAAAGCCAGCUUUUGGCAGCCAAGCCAACCGGUGGACUACCUGAGACAGCACGGGAGCAGCUUCAGGCUCACAUGGAGCUUUAUGCAGAAAUCAAGGCAAAUGAGGAUCUGUACAGACAUCUUCUAGAUAAAGGGCAGCUAAUGCUUAUAAGCCGAGACGAUGCAACAGGCUCCAUCACAGAGCAGAAUGUGGCUAUUCUGAAAAGAAAGUGGCAGACAGUUAGCAACAAAAUUGAAGAGAGGAAGACAAAACUGGAGGAAGCUCUUACUCUAGCUACCGAUUUCCAAAAUUCAUUACAAGAUUUUAUUAACUGGUUGACUCAAGCUGAGCAGAGUUUGAACAUUGCACCAUCCCCAAGUUUGAUCCUAGACACUGUUCUCUUCCAAAUCGACGAACACAAGGUGUUUGUAAAUGAGGUAAAUAUCCACCGAGAACACAUAAUUGAACUGGACAAAAUUGGAAACCAACUGAAGUUUCUUAGCCAAAAACAAGAUGUAGUUCUUAUAAAGAAUCUUCUUCUCAGUGUUCAAUCUCGCUGGGAAAAGGUUGUUCAGCGCUCUAUAGAGCGAGGUCGAUCCCUAGAUGAUGCUAGAAAGCGAGCCAAACAGUUCCAUGAAGCAUGGAAGAAGCUAAUUGACUGGCUUGAGGAAGCUGAAAACCAUCUUGACUCUGACCUGGAAAUCUCAAAUGAUCCUGACAAGAUCAAACUGCAGCUCACUAAGCACAAGGAGUUCCAAAAAACCCUAGGAAGUAAACAGCCUGUGUAUGACACUACAGUCAGGACAGGACGGGCAUUAAAGGAGAAGGCUUUGUUAACCAGUGAUGUCCAGAAAUUAGAUCAUCUCCUAGGUGAAGUUAGAGACAAGUGGGAUACAGUGUGUGGCAAAUCAGUCGAAAGGCAACACAAGCUAGAGGAAGCUCUGCUUUUCUCAGGGCAGUUUAUGGAUGCCCUUCAGGCACUUGUUGAUUGGCUUUACAAAGUGGAGCCUCAGCUUGCUGAGGACCAACCGUUGCAUGGAGAUUUAGAUCUUGUUAUGAACCUCAUGGAUGCUCAUAAGGUUUUCCAGAAGGAGCUUGGAAAGAGAACCAGUAGUGUACAGGCCCUAAAACGUUCUGCCAGAGAAUUGCUUGAAAGCAGUAGAGAGGACACUACAUGGGUGAAGGUUCAACUUCAGGAACUCAGUUCUCGAUGGGACACAGUAUGCAAACUGUCUGUGUCCAAACAGACCCACCUAGAGCAAGCACUAAAACAGGCUGAGGAGUUCCAUACUGCUGUCCACAUGCUUCUAGAGUGGCUUUCUGAAGCAGAGCAGACCCUACGGUUUAGGGGAGCAUUACCUGAUGAUGCUGAAUCUUUGCAGUCUCUAAUUGACAUUCAUAAGGAGUUUAUGAAGAAGGUGGAAGAGAAACAAACUGAUGUGAAUACAGCAGUCCGUAUGGGAGAAGAAAUCUUGACUAUGUGCCACCCAGAUUGUAUAACCACUAUCAAACACUGGAUCACAAUUAUACGGGCAAGAUUUGAAGAGGUACUAACUUGGGGAAACCAGCACCAGCAAAGACUGCAAACUGCUCUAUCUGAUCUCAUGGCAAAUUCUGAGCUGCUGGAUGAGCUACUUUCUUGGAUUCAGUGGGCAGAGACCACACUAAUUCAAAGAGACCAGGACCCCAUGCCCCAGAACAUUGACCAGGUCAAAGCACUGAUCAGUGAGCACCAGGUAUUCAUGGAAGAAAUGACUCAGAAGCAACCAGAUGUGGACAGAGUAACAAAGACAUACAAGAGAAAGACGACAGAUCCAAAUCACACAUCUUUCAAUGACAAAACCAGAAGAAAACCUGCUGUGCAGAAUGCAACCCCAGUCCUUCCAGUUAUCUCGCAACCAGAAACCAAGAACCCAAGGAUAAACCAACUGUCUGCUCACUGGCAGCAGGUCUGGCUCCUGGCGCUGGAGAGGCAGAGAAAGCUUAAUGAUGCCCUUGAUAGACUAGAAGAGUUAAAGGAGUUUGCAAACUUUGACUUUGAUAUUUGGAGGAAGAAGUAUAUGCGCUGGAUGAACCAUAAAAAAUCUCGAGUCAUGGAUUUCUUUAGAAGAAUUGAUAAAGACCAAGAUGGAAAAAUCACCAGACAAGAAUUCAUUGAUGGGAUCUUGGCUUCUAAAUUCCCAACGACAAAAUUAGAGAUGACCGCUGUCGCUGAUAUUUUUGACCAAGAUGGUGAUGGAUAUAUAGAUUACUAUGAGUUUGUUGCUGCACUUCAUCCCAACAAAGAUGCCUAUCGACCAACAACUGAUGCAGACAAGAUUGAGGACGAGGUCACAAGACAAGUUGCUCAGUGCAAAUGUGCAAAAAGAUUCCAGGUUGAACAAAUUGGAGAGAAUAAAUAUAGGUUCUUCCUAGGGAACCAGUUUGGAGACUCUCAGCAAUUGCGUUUAGUCCGUAUUCUAAGAAGUACUGUCAUGGUCCGUGUUGGUGGAGGUUGGAUGGCGUUAGAUGAAUUUUUGGUGAAGAAUGAUCCUUGCAGAGUUCAUCAUCCUGGGAAUAAAUUAAAGAGAACCGAUUCCAUCUCCUCUAUAGCAAGAGGGAGAACAAAUCUAGAGCUACGAGAAAAGUUCAUUUUACCAGAGGGGGUAUCUCAAGGAAUGACCCCAUUCAGGUCUAGAGGUCGGAGAUCUAAACCAUCUUCCAGGACUGCUUCUCCAACGCGAUCAAGUUCCAGUGCCAGUCAGAGUAACCACAGCUGUACAUCUGUGCCAUCCUCACCUGCCACUCCUGCUAGUGGCUCAAAGACUCCACAGCAUCUCUCUCGCUGUUAUGAGAAACCCUGGCUUGUAAACAGCAAAGCUAGCACUCCAAUUAGGUGGGCUGAAUAUCCAGACUUCCACACCCCAUCACCUGAGGUAACACCAGCUCAGAGCAGCAAAUUAAAGAAAGCCGCUGUUUACACAAGUCGUUCAUCCUUGACUGGGGAGACACCUACUUCUUCAAGUGCCAAAUCGGCAAGAGCUGAUCCAAAGAAGAGCGCAAGUCGUGCAGGAAGCCGGGCCGGAAGCCGAGCAAGCAGCAGGAGGGGAAGUGAUGCCUCUGACUUUGAUCUUCUUGAAACACAGUCAGCAUGUUCAGAUACAUCAGAGAGCAGCGCAGCAGGGGGCUCCCGAAGGGGACUAUCCAAGCCUUCCAAAAUCCCAACCAUGUCUAAGAAAACCGCCAGCACUCCCAAAACUCAAGGAACCAAGAGAUAGUCCUCCUCCCCCCUUUCCCCCAAAGUAAAUAUGCGGCACAAAGAAAAGACCUGCCCUAAUGGGGCUGUCUGAGAUUUUCUAUCAUGCACUGUACAUCUGGAUGUACGCUUAUUCUACAAGGGGAAUUUUUAUUGUCUAAACAUGUAUACAGAAGAAUUGUUUAAAACUGCCUUAUUUGUUUCUUUUGUAUGUUACUACUUCCAUGUGAAUAUUUCUGUAGAUAUAAAGCCUCAUUAUGUGAAUUCCUGGGGAACUUCAGGGACACAAAUAUUGAGUUAGAGAAGAUGAAGUGUAAGACAGAAGAGUAUGUAUGUAACUAUCAGUGGGCUUUGAGAACUGCUUUUUUUUACGGGUUAAUAUCCUUGGACAACACUACUAAACUUUAACAGCGAAAUUCCUCUUUUGUACAUGUACAAUAAUAUGCAUAGAGGCAUCAGGGAGCUACAGUAGAUUCCUGCUAUUUAAGAUUAAGAUGUAAUCUUUAAAGUGAGAUUUGUUUCUGAAUUUACAGCACUUGCACAUUGCUUUGCUUUUACAGUAAAAAUAGCAAGUCUCCUACAGCGACUUUUAAAAGGACUAGAACACCUAGUGUUUGGCAAAACCUUUCCGUGUGAUGGCCCAGCAUACAGCGUGUGCUACUCCUCUGCCACUUUGCACUCAUCUGGCUCCAGCUGAUUUCUAAUUGUAAACUACAUUUGUUUUAUUUAUCUCUGUAGGACUUUCUUAUUUAUUAUUUAAAUUGUCAUUCCACUUAGCAUUUGUGUGAAACAUUAAUUUCUGUAGACAAACACUCACAGUUGAAACAUCACAGCACAGUUUCUUCCUCGUAUUUGUUUGCUGGUGCCCUGUGACAGACAAAACCCUGAGGAAAUGAAAUGGUAGAACAUGAGUGGUCUCUCACACAAAGACUCUUCUGUUCUGGCCAGGCUGCUGUGUGAUUUUCUCGAUUAGUUUGCAACAGAAAUUGACUCUGUACCCAUGAACUGUUAAAAGAGACACUUUUUGUAUUAAAAUUGCUUGCAGUAACAACACCAGG